AUGCUAAUCUCCACUAUAGCAGCAUGUCGGCGAUAUCCGAGGAAUGAAGGAAGGGCGGAACAAUUUUCCGGUCCACCUCGAUCGGAUUAUAUAUUCAACGAAGUUUCAAUUACACAAAAGCCUCCAGAUACUCACAAUAUAUCACUCGAAUCGUACACUCGUGGUCCCGGAAUUUGUGAUCUUGGCUGGAGAAGUUAUCUCUACCGGAGUUUGUGCAAGGCUGCCUUUUUCCUCAGGAAGGGGUUGGGUAGCUUCGGCCUUACACCCACGAGGAAUGCUUAA